UUUUGGCUCCCGUGCCGGCUAAGAACCGGGUAAGGUAAGGCCUCGUCUUCUCCGGUCGAGUUUCUCUCACAUUCCACUCUCCCCCUGGGUCCUGCGUGCCGACGCCAUAUAGCCCAGAGGGCCCAUAGGAGACGAGCAUCAGAGACCGAAGAAAGUCAGCGAGCUGGAACCCAGGCGUCCCGUUUGGAAGUGUCCAAGGAGAUCGCCCCAAGUGCGCCAGCCGAGUCUGGGAGAGUUUCCUUCUGGCCGAGAGGGGGAGCCCCGCGUUCCCAGCCGGGAGCGACCCGGAGUCCCGAGCCUCGAGCCUCAGCCGCCAGCUAGCGCCAGUUUUGGCUUCAGCCGAUUAGGAAGAGGAGGGAGGGGGCCGAGAGCGCGUAGAGGGAGGGGACCGGAGCCGGAGGGUCCCGAGUCCAGCUCGCUGUUGACGUAGAGAAACUUUCCCUCUCGGCCACGGAAACGGCGCCCGGGCUGCGCCGGAGCGGAGUUCGCCAGGCUCCGAGGACGCGGCGGCUCUCCGUGUCCCUGCCCGGAGCCUGACCCGACUGCAUCAGUCAGUAAGUUAUGUGUAAUUUCAUCUGAUAUACACAAGAGAGAAAGUAAUUGAAGGCAAAUUCAGAUGGGAACUGGAUGAUUGAAAGUCAAGUGUCUGCAUAUUCCUUCAACUAUAUUUGAACAUACCUACCCAGGAUAUAAAGUGUGAUUGAACUGAACAUCUAUUUGGUUGAUCCUCAUCAUGAACCGUGCUUUUAGCAGGAAGAAAGACAAAUCAUGGAUGCAUACGCCAGAGGCUUUAUCAAAACAUUACAUUCCCUAUAAUGCAAAGUUUCUUGGCAGCACAGAAGUGGAGCAGCCCAAAGGAACAGAAGUUGUGAGAGAUGCUGUAAGGAAGCUAAAGUUUGCAAGACAUAUCAAGAAAUCUGAAGGCCAGAAAAUUCCUAAAGUGGAGUUGCAAAUAUCAAUUUAUGGAGUAAAAAUUCUAGAACCCAAAACAAAGGAAGUUCAACACAAUUGCCAGCUUCAUAGAAUAUCAUUUUGUGCAGAUGAUAAAACUGACAAGAGGAUAUUCACUUUCAUAUGCAAAGAUUCUGAGUCAAAUAAACAUUUGUGCUAUGUAUUUGACAGUGAAAAGUGUGCUGAAGAGAUAACUUUAACAAUUGGCCAAGCAUUUGACCUGGCGUAUAGGAAAUUUCUAGAAUCUGGAGGAAAAGAUGUUGAAACAAGAAAACAGAUUGCAGUGUUACAGAAAAGAAACUUAGUGUUCUCAUGUGACUUUGCUUCACUUCCUGAUGCUUCUCAUGGGGAUCAGAGCAGCAGAAGCAGCAGAUGCUGGAUUCAAGACUUAGAAACAGAAAAUAUGGAACUUAAAAACAAAGUACAAGAUUUGGAAAACCAGUUGAGAAUAACCCAAGUAUCAACAUCUCCAGCAGGCAAUGUGACACCUAAGUCUCCCUCCACUGACAUCUUUGAUAUGAUUCCAUUUUCUCCAAUUUCACACCAGUCUUCAAUACCUACUCGCAAUGGCACGCAGCCACCUCCAGUCCCUAGUAGAUCUACCGAGAUUAAACGGGACCUAUUUGGAGCAGAACCUUUUGACCCAUUUAACUGUGGAGCAGGGGAUUUCCCUCCAGAUAUUCAAUCAAAAUUAGAUGAGAUGCAGGAGGGGUUCAAAAUGGGACUAACUCUUGAAGGCACAGUAUUUUGUCUCGACCCGUUAGACAGCAGGUGCUGAUGUCAAGAGCAAGAGGUCUUGAAUCUGUUAAAUUUGUUUUGUAUACAUAUCUAUUAUUCAUUAUUACUUAUGACAGGUAUUAUACAUGUACCAAUAUAUUUUUGAAUCUCAUAACUUUCUGAAAAUUAUUUCAGUAAAAUUUCCUCAUACUUUCACUGUUGAACUGUAGCAUUUUGUUUUAAAAACAACUCACUGUAAAGUAAAUCAUACUUUUAUGUUCCUUUCUGUUUGUAGAAGAAUUUAUAAUUGAAAGACAAAUUAUCCAAAUAUCUGCCUGUGUCUGAGCUCUAAACAAUUAGCUUCUUCAAAUUUAAGUUCAUUCUCUAGGUUGCUAGUUUAUUACUGAUUUCCCAAAAGCCAUACCUUAAAGAUACCUUUCAGAGUCCUGAAGAGAUACACCAAUGCCAAACUAAAUAUGUUCUAUAUUCAAACCAAUAGACAUGUUACCAUUCAUUAGACAGAUGUCAUUUUAUGUAUGAAAUGUUGUUCAUAUUAUUCGGAAAAUGUAAACUUUGAAUAUAAUACCACCAGAUCAUUUUAGCAGGUAAAAUAACAAAAAUAUAAAUUCCAAUAAUAAUUAAACUAAAUGUAUUUAGAGUACUUAUUAGUAUAAGCAAGGUAAUAAUGUUAGUUAUUGUUAUCAGCUACACUCUAAAUAUUUAUUUCAUAAAUAAAGAUUGUGGAACAAAUGAAAAUUUGCUAUUUACAAAACACUUAAAAUAAAAUUUAAUUUCUAAUGAGAUAAGUUACAUUACUAAACAUCAUCUGAUCUGAAGUUUCUGAAAAAAACAUUUGGAAUAUAUUCUGUCUAUAGUUGCAGUAUCUAUUACCCAUAUAUACUUUACCAAAUAUAUUUUUUCUGAACUGAAUAAGACUAUCUUUCCUAUAUUUUCUCCUUUGAUAAAGAUAUUUUCUCACCAAAGUUUAUUUUGUGAUGACCCAUUAGUUUUGAUACUGUUAAAAAUCUAUGGUACCUGUCCUUUAUGAAUUAUCAACAUUAUUUAGCAAAUUUAAUUUGUAUCUGUUUUGUUAAACUCAGAAUCUCAUUUUUCACAAAAAUGAAAUUGCUGCUCAGUUUAGUCUUUAACAUGAACAAUAACAUUUUCUUGCAGCUGAUUCUUGAUGUGCUGAUGAACUCUGACUUUUAAAAAUGUUUGUUUCUUACACCUUUGCCCAUUAUGUAACAGACUGUAAUUUGUACUGGGUGCAGCAAAAUUUAUGGUCAAAUUUAUAAUUUGGUUCAUCACAUUAUAAGAAAAAAAAUUAAAUUAAUGAAAAUAUGAGCUUAGAUUGAGGGUAGAUCUCAAAAAUGUUUCUUUUCCUUUAGUCAUGGGAAUUUUCUUCACGUGCUAAAGGUACAUUUUCACUAGGAACAGAAAUCAAAUAGGCUUAUGCAAUAUUAUAUUUGUAUGUAUCCCCAUAAUGUUCUGUGGUGUAUAUAAGCCUUCUUGUUUGCUUUCUGUUAUCUGCUAAGUUGUACCUUAAUUAGAGGGUAGUAUAUGUUUCAUAAAGAAGAGUCUUUAUAAUUUUGUUUGUCAUAUAGUAUUUCGGAAUUUGUAUAAUGAGGAUGUUUAGAAGCCAUAUCAAUGGCUUUUUUUAACAGAUAGAAUUUGUAUUUUUAUUGUACUUUAUAAAGCUUUGUGUAAUAGGUAUAUAUUUAGUGGCAAUUUAUUAUCAAUGGUAACACAAUAGAGUACUUUGCACAUUUAAAAUACGUUAUUGUACCAAUUUUCAAUGGUAAUCAGUUCUGCUACUGGCAUGAUUAAAUACUAUAUAAUUGGUCAUUAAUUAUGAACAUUUAUUUCACCAGUGCAUUUUUAUGAAGAUACAGUUGCAAAUUGUAUUUCUAUGUAAACUCAAUGAUAUGUUUGAUUUUGCUGAGAAUAAAUGAUUUUAAAUAAAUUAAA